GGUCAAGUACAAGACUUUUCCGAUGGAGAUGGACUUCUUUAUUGAAAAACUUGUGUUUGUAACAAGCCAUCGGCUGUUUGUUGCUUACUGCGAUGAUAUAACUCUCCGGCUGUACGGGGAUAUAGUGCAAGAUCUAACAUUUCUGACCUGCGUCCAGUGCCCAAGCUCUGUUAUCAGCAUGCAUUACAAUGAGGAGUCAGAAGAGCUCAUCACUGGCUGUGUCGGACAUAUAGUCUUCUGGUCUUUCAAAAAGGAGCAGCACUCAUUUAUUGCCAUUUCUAAAAUUCUGGACUGGAGUUCCUGCUCCCUAGAGAGGGGCGAGUUUGUCAAUUACCUGAUCACCGAGAGACAGUCCAACUCUCUGUUUGCUCUCUGUGGAAACCGAAUACUUGCCUUUGACUACUGGAAGAAAGUUGAGACCAAACCGUUCCAGGGAUCCAGCUGCGGCACACUGAAGUGCUGCUCCCCGUGUUGGGUGCAGAGGUACCUGUACACUGGUGACGCUUCUGGGUACGUUCAGAUCUGGAGUCGGGAAAACAGAAACCUCUUGCAGGAGUUCAAAGCUCAUUCGGGGGCCAUCACCAGCCUGCUCAUACGUCCCAAAGUUCAUUCUUUCCUGACGGCAUCCACAGACCGCUCAGUCAAGGAGUGGAAUUUCUCCGGAGAGCUCCUUCAGAGGCUGAUUAUGGAUAAGGAGAUCUUGCAGUUCCAGUCCAUAGAUGAUGACUUAUUCCUCUGCCACAUGCCCUAUUCCUUCUCCAUCUGGAACCUAAGGACCUUCUACCAGCUAUUUAAUGCCACUGAUUGCCCCCUUCAGAAGAUAUGUCGAGUCCAGUGCACUCCUACUAAGGCCAGGAUGCUGGCCAUCACCAAAGACGGUAUAGUACGCUUCCUGUCUCCUGUGACAGGAGAGCUCAUACUCCUCUCCUGGCCUUUGCUGAUCUUAGAGAAGGCCACAGACUAUGCCUACGACCCACAGCGGGAAGAAAUGUUUAUUGCCACGGGAUCAUCAGAGAUGCUUGUACUGGACACCUCCAUCUGCCCGAGUCCUGCCAAGUAUUUUUUGAUAACGUCCGAAGAUCAAGCGGAUGGGGUCUUGUGCCUACGAGCUGUGAGGAUAACUCUAAGCAAACAAAGCAGUCCCUUUCUGAUUUUUAGUGGCCACCAAAGUGGUAAAAUAAUGCUCCUCUCGCCAAGGAGUUUUUCAAUGCAUGGAAAAAAGGCUCACGAUGGCAAGAUAUUACAAAUGAGUAGCCUUUCUACUGAUCAGGUUGAAAGGAAUGCACCAGCCCAGCUGUGUUCCUAUGGCACCGAUGACUGCAUCAGCCUGUGGUUUAUCAGCAGAAAAGACAAUCAUAUAGACCUGAUUCCAUCCACCAGCAUAGCCUGCAGCUGCAAGCACCUUUACAUCAGGCUUAUCCCUGGUCAUGUGUGCACAAUAUCAGGGAAAAACACUCUGAUGCUUUUCAAGAUAACAGGCUAUCCCUUUGAGUGCCUGGAGACAGAGGAGACCCACAUGCGUCAAGUGUCAUCAAUUGACUACUGCUUUGCUCUGAAGAUCAUUGUGACAGGAGGCACGGAGGGGUCGAUAAAAAUAUGGGACCUGAGAGGGAACAUGCUGGCUGAGCUGAAGUUACAAGAUCAUCUGAGCUAUGUUUGCUUCGCUAACCAAAGGGGAGACCUACUCGCCAAUUCUAACAGCAAUACCUAUUACAUACCCUGCUUCAAGUACCUUACAGGUCACUACCUGAAGACACUGAUAUGUAAGGAAGUACAGGACGAUGCUAUUGAAGACCCCCUGCCUUUCAAGCCCCACUCACUCAAGCGUCUUGAUGUUGUCUUAGUUCCAAAGUAUUACCUAGACUCAAAGUCCUGCACAGAGGACCCUGACACAUCGUUAGUCCAGAAUAAAUUCCCCGUGAGUCCACGUGUACAGGGAGUGCCUGGGAAAUAUUUGAAAAGAUCCAGAAAGCCACUGACAGCAGAACUCCUGCCAGCUGCGUUAAGGCAAGAAGUGGAUAAUAAAAUGGAAAGGCCUCUCAUGAUAGAAGCUAAAAAGCUGUACCCAGCUUCAGAACAUCUUCAUGGACAACCAGAAGACACGUCUAAGGAAGAGGAAUUCAGCGCAGACAUGCCCAUCAAAGACCACCAAGAUUUGGAAUACAAGAAAAUUGCAAUUUCUGAAAGCAAGUCUCCCACUUGGGAUAAAGAGUGUGCGCCCUACUUCAGAAAAUGGCCUGUCGCUCCUGAUGGUUACAUUCCCAAUUCAGUGAUCAGGGCUUGGAUAGAAAAAUAUAAAUAUCCAACCAGUCUUCCUGACACUGACAAGCAAAAGUAUGACCCCAGCCAACUCAUGGCGUGUUUUAAAGAAGCUGACAUUGAGUACGGUUCCUCUAGAACCUUGUUUUUGAAAGAGUAUUUGGAUGAAUACGAUGAAGCACAGGCUGAGGAUGACCAUGAAACCAGCGCCAGUGAAGAUAUGUGUCAGGAGUAUGCAGAAAAGAAAGAACCAGACCUGCUUACAAGAAUAGCUGAAAGCAACUGGCUCUCCAACAAGCCCUUUGUCAUAGACAUAGAUAAUGUCAUUCAAGCUAUUUUGCUGACAAUGCAUACUGAUUCAUCCCCAGUGUACUGCCUUUGCACUGAUGCUUUGCUCAGUAUUGCACAGACUUACACUAUCCUAAAAAACUCCAAAGAUGAUAUCAUCAAAAGGCUACUGGCAGACACCACUGAUGAGAGGAGCAAUUGGAAGAAGCUGGAGGCCUGGAAGACCCUCGAUCAAUUGAACUACCUUGCUCAGAACAUGGUCCCCAAUCUUGCGCAGGGCUUGAUGGACCACGAUGCACCAGUGAGGACACUGGUCAGGGCACUGCUGAAGAAGCUGACCACAAUCCAAAGCAAAGAGACCUUACUGCACGUGCUGGAAAAGUUGCUUCAAGGAUUCCCGUCUCCGCUCCACCCUGCCUCCCAGACACAGGACCCAAACUCUCCACACAGGGCAGGGUUUUCCAUUCGGCUCCUGCAGGAGCUGGAGGAAAAACUCCAGGAGGACCUGACGCUGAAAGGACCGGGGGUCCCAGUCCUGAAGGUCACGUCCCGGUUCACAGAAGUGGAGAGAUUACCGGGAGCAGAUUCCCUCCCUACACAAGGGCUGUCCUAUACAGGGGACCUGGAUGGAGGCGCGAGCAUCCUGUCCUCAGGCAUUUGUGGCCAAGUGCCUGGCACACUCAGCUUGAUGAAAUUUCCACAAGAGAGGCCAGACUUUGUGCCCCAACGGGAUGACACAGAUUAUGGAGAUGGCGUCUCCAAGUCCAAAUACACACUGGGGACAAGUGAGACAAGGAGAGGGAGAGGGACAGCGACAGGAAGAGGUAGUGAGCAAGAGAAAAAGAAACAGAGAUCACUGAAGGCAAUAGAAUCUAGUUCAAGAGUGAGACUGCCCCCUUUACAAAGGAAGGGAAGCAAACUGAUGGACUCAAUGGCAAUCCACAUGUACAUCUCAAAGGCAAAACCCCAUGAGCAGCAGAAAAGACUCUCCGUGAAAGUGUCACCACAAGCAGGCCAGCAGAUACCUGAUUUGGAGCCCAUGCAGGUGUCUGACUCUGCAUUAAAGAAACAGAGCGAUCCCAAAGCAGCCCCACCCAGCAGUCGCAGGACAUUCAUCUGCAGUCAGUCAGUCACUGCCUUUCCCUCAAUUCGGAAAGCCGCCUUGGAGAAAGCCGGACAGGCCUCGGCUUUUAUCAAGAUUGACCCGACGGCACGUAACACCAGCCCAAAUUCGUGGCGGGAAAGUCUCUAUGAACUCGUCUCUAUGUAUGGUUUGAAGUCUCUGAUGAGGAGGGGAAAAGGAGCCUCUCAGUUUUCCACUGCGGCUUCAACUAAAAAAACCCAGGAGGUGGUGAGUGUGCUUGGCCAGAUCAAAGAUGUUGCUCCGGGGCAGAGAGUCUUGCACAGGAUCCUGGUUCGGGACCCCAAUGUCAGGCCAGAGUCUGGCUUCCACCUCGAAUUCCCGUUGUCCUGGAAACAAAGCUUCCAGACCAUGAGCCCACAUGGGGACUGCGGGUAUGGAAUGCUAGAGCUUGAUUGGACCACCGGGCUGAAAACUCCACCCAGGGAUAUCCCAAAAAUGAAUUUCACAUCGACCAAUCACUGAAACGUGAUUCAGCAAUAGUAAUCACUGGUUUAAUAUCCUGAAUAUGACUCCAGUGGUCCAGUAUUCAAUGCCUUUAUUGCUACAUUCUUCUUAGGGUGUAAAACUGGAUCACACAGACAACAACACGAGGAAUGUGAAGCCUUCCAAAUGCAGUUGUAUCUCAUAUAAAAAAAGUAUUCAUAAUUCAAAAGACUUGAAACUAAAUGAAAUUAUGAUGGCAAUACAAAUCUUAACACAUCACAGUGUAACCUACAGUGUAAUCUGCUCUUGUUGAAACGUUGUCAGCACUUACCAUAGUAGCUCCCUCUGCAUCGCACAGUACCUGUACAGGUAAAACUGUUGAGUGCUUGGUGGUGUAUUCUGGGAGUUGUAGUUUCCUUCCUGGGUUUGUCACCUUUCCAUUUUAAAUAAUAACAUUUUACCAUUGCUCUCACUUGUUGGCUUUGCAAAAAAGAAUAUUCUCUAAUUGAGAAUAUCCGCAAGGUAGUGCAGAGUUUUCUACCAUGCAUGAUAGAAGUUCAUAUUAUCUGUGUACGCUUUAACUGGAAUUCCAAAGUUGCAGUGUCUCCUCUGUUUAGUUAUAGUUAGUGCUGCACUUUUUAAAACUCUAAAUUCCGAGGCCCUUUGGUUUUGUACAGUCGACAGCACCUUUCUUUUUUCAGAGUUUCACUACUGGCAAAAUAAAAAUCUUGUGAAAAUCUCAAAACUGGGGAAGCAUAUCAGUGUUACACAGGCUUCAUUGUGCAAUGCUUCAACUUUGGGCAUUUGUAAACAGAGCAACGCUUAUAUGCUUCCCCCACCUCACUUCUGAAUUUCCAAAACCAGUUUGCUGGAAUAGUUAUUGGCAUGAUCUAAACAGAGACAACAAUUAAGAAUUAACAGAACACAUACAAUAUGCUAGUAAAGAGUAAGGCUCCAAAAAAUACAACGUUAUACCUCCCUACAUGUUGCUACACCUGUUUAAAUAAAGUACCUGUCAAAAUUACAGGUAUGUUAUUUAGAUAGUUGCAGCAACAUGUGAGGACAAGGGCACUGGAACUAGGGGUGCUGGGGGUGCGGCAGCGCCCCCUGGCUUUGCAUGGCUU